UGGAGAGAAGCCGCCACGCUGCUCCUGGCGGCGGGCGGCGGGCGUCCUCCUUCUCCGCGCCCGGCCGCCUUCGACUACCAGGUGUUGCUGCUCCGCCGGAGCGCCCGGAGCGCCUUCAUGCCCAGCGCCCAAGUCUUCCCGGGCGGCCUGGCCGUAGCCGCCGACUUCUCGCCCGCCUGGCGGGACCUGCUGCCCAAUGCGCCGCGCUGCGGGCUGGACGCCGAGCCUCCCGCCAGGCCUCCGCUCUUCGCCGCCCGGCGGCCCGAGCUAGGCGAAGCCGCCCUGCCGGCCGACGUGGCCUUUCGCAUCUGCGCCAUCCGGGAGACCUUCGAGGAGAGCGGGCUGCUGCUGGUGGUGCCCGCCGGGACCGACGCCCAGCCGGCUUCGCUGCUGGAGAUGCCGGCCGCCGAGAAGCUGCUGCCGGCCGGCCAACUGGAGGAGUGGCGGCGGCGGGUGCAAGGCGACCCGGGGGAUUUCCUGCAGCUCUGCCGCCGCCUGGGCUGCGCGCCCCACGUGCGGGCGCUCCACGAGUGGGGCAACUGGCUGACCCCCGUGAGCCGAGCCGGACCGUCCGGCCGCCGUUACGACACCGCCUUCUACCUGUGUUGCUGCCUCGGGCAGGAGCUGCCCGCCGCCUCCCACGACCGGCAGGAAGUGGCCGGUUGCAGGUGGUCCACCCCUUUAGAAGCUGUCAAACUUUUUAACUCUGGAGAAAUCUGGAUAGCACCACCUCAGCUUUAUGAGCUAUGUAGGCUGUGCCAUUUUUCAUCCCUUCAUGAUCUGGAGAAAUUUAGCUCAGAGCGAGCUUUAGAAGGUUGUGAACGCUGGAUGUCAGUUGUGUUGAUGGCUUCAGAUGGCCACAUACAAGUGUUGCCAGGUGACGAUUUAUAUCCAAAAGAUCCCGAUUUUACUGGCGAAAAGAAAUCUGUGUUGACAACAAAUAAAAAGAUUGAAGAACUAAUGAAGGAGGCCAGAAACCUUCAUCGUAUAGUAACACGAAGCCGUAAUAAUGUAACUAUCCACAUGAAUAUUGAAUCAAAAUAUAAACAUAUAAAUCCAGUUAGACUGGACUCUAAAAUGUGAAAUAAUGCAGAUUGUAACAGUUCAGUUGUAGCGUUUCUCAUACUGGAAUCACUAAAUUUUGAGAGAUGUUUUAAUAAAAAUGAAUUAAUAGCACUGUGCCAUUUCAUGGACCUACCUCAAUAUCAUAUUUAUGUAAAGUAUUUCAGGUUCAAGUUGUGUUGAUCAAUGUUAUUAUUCUUGUUAUGCAAAUAUGCCAAUUCUGGAAUAGAGGUCUAUCUUCUAAGUUUUAAGUUUAAGUACUAAGUUUACUUUGUACGUUAUAGCUAUACUGACAUAUCCUUAAAAAGAGUCAAGGUAAUUUGCAACUGAAUGACAAUCAUUCAGUACUGUAAACAAAAGACUAUCACAUUAUGUUUUAACAUACAUAUUUGAAUUAUUAUUACAAUGAUCAUAAAUGAUAAAUAGCCAUCCAUCCAAGUACAUGGAUUUGAGUCAUGGCAGUGAUGGCUUGCCUUGAUGUUGAUUUCAGAAUAGUGGCUAUUACCUAAUGAUUGAAGCUUUUCAAUAUGCAUUUACUACAUGCAACACACAUUAAAAGGUGUGCAUCUGGUGUUUUAAAGGCAGUGACCAUUUCUGCAGAUGCUCCUGUUGACCGAUAGGUCAUUUGCCAAAAUUGGAAAAAAAACUGAACACUUUAAAUGUACGUAACAGUAUAUUUCUCUCUGUCUGGGAAUCGUAUUCAAAAUAAGUGCAUUGCAGAUUGUAAAUGCCUAUAUUCAGAACUACUUCUAGGAAGCACUGUAUUUAGAUUAACUUGUUUAUACUGACUAUCCAAGGAAUAAAGUCCACUGUAGGCCUGGACCUCUGUUUUUUUUUUUUAAAUGUCACCAGUUGUGCCUUUACAUUAACUGUUAUAUAACUCUAACGAGUGUCUGUUAAAAAUAAACACUUGUAAGCAGUA